AUGGUCAACGUCAAAGUAGAGUUUUUAGGGGGUUUGGACGUUAUUUUUGAGAAGCAGAGAACAUACAAGCUAAAUGUGCCCUCUAAAGAUGAUUCAGAGGUGACCGUGGGUUCGCUAAUUGAUUAUAUAGUGGAGAAUAUGAUUAAAAACCCAAGAGAUAAAGAUGUGUUCAUCGAGAACGAUACAAUCAGGCCUGGUAUAUUGACAUUAAUAAACGACACUGAUUGGGAACUGGAGGGUGAAAAAGAUUACGUUUUGGAGGACGGUGACAUCCUGUCGUUCACAUCAACUCUCCACGGUGGUUGA